AUGUCCGCUGCUCUGGUUGACCGUCGCGUACACAUGGCCACCGACUACAACGGCGGCUGCAACGGCGCCUGGAUCCGCCACGCCCCCCAGAAGGACUGGCCCGUGAACCGGGGGCUGGACAAGGUGCUGGAGGUGCUGCAGCCCAUCAAGGAGAAGCACGGCGCGGGCCUCAGCCACGCCGACCUGAUCAUCCUGGCCGGCACCGCCGCCCUCGAGGCCGCCUCCGGCGCCGACCCGGGCUCGUUCGGCUUCUGCCCCGCACGCGUGGACGCCCCGGAGGCCGACCCCUCUCUGGAUGUCCUCGCGCCCCGCACCUACGUCAACGCCUCCGUCGCCGUCCGCGACGGGUUCGCCGUCGCCGGCUUCACGCCUGCCGAGGGGGUCGCGCUCGCGGGGCGCCCGCGGAGCGCGGCAUACAUCAAGGGCCAGGGCUACAGCGGCACGUGGGGCGGUGCGCCCGGCGCCUUUGACAACGGCUACUUCAAGACCCUGCUCGGGGAGACGUGGGUCGAGUCCAAGUCAGCUUCCGGCAAGGCAGAGUUCAAAGCCGAGGGCAAGGGUGACAUCAUCAUGACGCCGGAGGACCUGGCCAUCAGGGACGACCCCGAGCUGGUCAAGAUUGCCAAGGGGUACGCGGAAGACGGCGCAGCGUUCCUGAAGGCGUUCUCUGCGGCGUGGACCAAGCUGGUCAACGCCGACAGGUUUGACGGGCCGGCAGGCAACGUGUGCGACGACAAGCCGGCGCCGUCCCUGGCGGUCGCGGCGUCGUGA